GGCCGUUUUUAUAAAACCCUAAACACAACUCAACAAGGGAUUCUCACCUUAGCAAGCUGUUACUUCUCCCGCCUCUCUCUCUCUCUGGGGAAAUUCCAACGCCCAAAAUCGAGCACGAAGGCAGGAAGCAUACCAGUACGUGAUUGGAAAUUUGAUGGGGGUUGAAAGUGGUGAAGGUGCUGCUGCCGUAAAGGAGAAAUACCAACAAUCCCUAGGCAUAUCCUCGGAUGCUGGAAACACCUCCAAACGCUUCGACGACGAUGGCCGCUCCAAAAGAACCGGGAGUGUUUGGACUACAAGUGCCCACAUAAUAACAGCAGUGAUAGGAUCUGGGGUUCUUUCCUUACCCUGGGCCAUUGCUCAGCUGGGAUGGAUAGCUGGUCCAACAGUGAUGCUCCUCUUCUCUUUUGUGACUCUCUACACUGCUUCUCUCCUCGCCGACUGUUACCGCUCCGGUGACCCAGUCACCGGCAAGAGAAACUAUACUUACAUGGAAGCUGUGGAAUCUAAUCUUGGUGGGCUUAAGGUCAAGAUGUGUGGUCUAAUUCAGUAUUUAAAUCUAUUUGGAAGUGCAAUUGGAUACACCAUUGCAGCAUCUAUUAGCAUGAUGGCAAUCAAACGGACUAAUUGUUUCCAUGAGAGUGGUGGGAAAAAUCCAUGCCAUAUAUCAAGCAACCCAUACAUGAUUUUGUUUGGCAUCACUGAAAUAAUAUUUUCCCAGAUACCAAAUUUUGAUCAGAUAUGGUGGCUCUCAAUUAUUGCCGCGGUCAUGUCUUUUACCUACUCAUCGAUUGGUCUCGCCCUUGUAAUUGCCAAAGUUGCAGCUAAUGGGACUAUUAGUGGUAGUCUUACUGGUGCAAGAAUUGGAACUGUGACUCAAGCCCAAAAGAUAUGGGGGAGCUUCCAAGCUCUUGGUGACGUAGCUUUCGCCUAUGCUUACUCUCUGAUUCUUAUCGAAAUCCAGGACACAAUCAAAUCCCCACCGUCAGAAGCAAAAACAAUGAAGAAGGCAACCUCAUUAAGUGUUGGUGUGACCACAGCUUUCUACAUGCUUUGUGGAUGCAUGGGAUAUGCAGCAUUUGGGGACCAAUCACCUGGAAACCUCCUCACUGGUUUUGGGAAUUUUAACCCAUUUUGGCUGCUUGAUAUUGCCAAUGCUGCAAUUGUGAUCCACCUUGUUGGGGCAUACCAAGUUUACGCCCAGCCACUUUUUGCAUUUGUUGAGAAAUGGGCAGCAGAGAAAUGGCCCGGCAAUGAAUUCAUCAUCAAGGAAAUCAAAAUCCCAAUCCCAGGUUUUCGCCCGUAUAACCUAAACCUCUUCCGUUUGUUAUGGAGGACGGUUUUUGUUAUAGUCAGCACUGUAAUAUCUAUGGUUCUCCCUUUCUUCAACGAUGUGGUGGGAUUUCUUGGGGCGAUUGGGUUUUGGCCGAUAACAGUGUAUAUUCCAGUCGAGAUGUACAUUGCACAGAAGAAGAUAGCAAAGUGGAGUAGCAGAUGGAUAUGCCUCCAAUUGCUUAGCAUUGUUUGUCUUAUAAUUUCUAGUGCAGCUGUUGCUGGUUCUAUUGCCGGUAUUGUUCUUGAUCUCAAGAUUUACAAGCCAUUCCAAACAAGUUUCUAGACCUGUAGUGUUUUUGUUUGUUUUUUUUCCCUUGAAAUUGAUUUAGAGAAGGAAGUAGUUAACAAGUUUCUAUAUUGUUUUUUUCGGUUAAGGGUUUUGGAUUUUAGAUUCUAAUAAUUAUCCUAUUCUUUGUUCACUCAUUAUCUCUAUUUUCAAUCAUUAAUCAUCUUUUUCU